AUGACUGGCAAGCAAGGGAGGCAGUGGAGGUCCAUGUGCAAAGGCCUGGUCCUGGGUACCUUCCUGACCAGCUGCAUGAUCCUGCUUUACUGCUUCUCCACUCCACAGAUCCACCUCAGUCUGCCUGAGGUUCCAGUGCCUUAUUCAUGCGCCCACCGUCCAUCCCAGCUCCACCCAAAAUCAACCACAAACAGCUCACAAAAGACCACAGGCCAGACCUGCACUCCUAAAGUGGAUAUCAUGUUCAUGAAGACCCACAAAACGGCCAGCAGCACCUUCCUCAACAUCCUUUUCCGCUUUGGAGAGAAGCACCGUCUCAAAUUUGCCUUCCCAGACAGCAGAAAUGACUUCUUCUAUCCGUCUCCUUUCCAGCGCUCGCAGGUUAAAGACUACAGAUCUGGAAUGUGCUUUAAUGUUAUCUGUAAUCACAUGCGCUUCAAUGCACCCGAGGUGGCCAAGCUGCUACCUAUGGACACUUCCUACAUCACUAUCCUGCGAGACCCCGCAGAGCUUUUUGAGUCAUCCUUCCACUACUUUGGCCGACUGGUGCCUUUUACCUGGAAGAUACCAGGUGACGACAAGCUGACUGAGUUUCUACGUGACCCCCAUUAUUACUUUGAUCCAGAGGGCUUCAACUCUUUCUACCUCAAGAAUCUGCUGUUCUUCGACUUUGGACAGGACAACACUCUGGAGCUGGAUGAUUCGAGGGUAGAAGAGGGAAUCAAGUUCAUCACUGACCAUUUUCAGCUGGUCAUGCUGGUGGAAUACUUUGAGGAAUCACUCAUCCUGCUCAAGGAUGCCCUCUGCUGGGAGAUGGACGACUUGCUCUUCUUCAAGCUCAACACCCGUAAGGGGUCCACUGUCUCUAAGCUGACCCCUGAGCUGAGGGCCAGGGCUCUGGAGUGGAACGCUAUUGACUGGAAGCUAUACCAGCAUUUCAACCAGACUUUUUGGAGGAAAAUAGAUGCAUAUGGACGACCGCGGAUGGCUGAGGAUGUGGCAGAGCUCAGGAGGAGGAACGCGGAGAUGGCAUCCAUCUGCAUUGAGGGGGGUCGUGCCGUAGAAGCCGGCAGCAUCCAAGAGACAGCCAUGCAGCCCUGGCAGCCCAUCGGAGAGAAGUCCAUCAUGGGGUAUAACCUGAAGAAGAAUAUUGACAAGGCACAUCAGAAGCUGUGCCGUAAGAUGUUGAUGCCAGAGCUUCAGUACUUAACAGAGCUUGGGGUCAACCUGUGGAUCACCAAGCUGUGGGGCCAUGUACGAGAUAUCAUUAACUGGUGAGCAA